ACCGCGCGGCCAAGCUGGGUGCCCCGGGGAGUCUGGCCGCCAUGCCACCUCCUCUUCUCCUCUUCUUCCUCCUCUUCCUCACCCCUGAGGGAGUCAGGCCCCAGAAAACACUGCUGGUGGAGGCUAAAGAGGGAGACAAAGCUGAGCUGCCAUGCCUCAAAGGUCCCUCAGAUGGUCCCCCUGAGCAGCAGGCCUGGUUUCAGGGGGCUCAGUCAGAGCUGGACCCAGGUUCACAAGGCCUGGGCAUCCAGAAGGGGCCCCUGGGCCUCCAGCUCCUCAUCUUCAACGUCUCUGACCAGAUGGGGGGCUUCUACGUGUGCCAGCUGGGGCCCCCUUCUGAGCAGGCCUGGCAGUCUGGCUGGACAGUCAGCGUGGAGGGCAGCGGGGAGCUGUUCCGCUGGAAUGCUUCAUACCUAAAUGACCCAGGCUGUGGCCUGGGGAACAGGUCCUCAGAGGGCCCCAAGCCCCCUUCUGGUUACCCCACAAGCUCCCAGCUGUACGUGUGGGCCAAAGGCCACCCUGAGAUCUGGGAGACAGACCCUGAAUGUGCCUCGCCCAGCGGCGGUCUGAACCAGAGCUUCAACCAAGCCUUGGCUCUCCCUGCCCCAGACGUCACCGUGGCCCCUGGCUCCACAUUCUGGCUGCCCUGUGAGGUGCCCCCUGCCUCCGUGGCCAGAGGCCCCGUCUCCUGGACCCUCGUGCGCCCCAAGAAGCAUAACAUCUCAUUGCUGCACUUAAACCUGAGGGAGGAUGCCCCGGUCAGAGAGAUGUGGGUCCUAGACACCCUCAGGGGAGGGGCUGUUCUGUUGCUGCCCCAGGCGACCGCUCAAGAUGCUGGCACCUAUCAUUGUUACCAUGGCAACAUGACCAUCGAGAUGCAGCUGAAGGUCACUGCCCAGUCAGUAAGACACUGGCUGCUGGAGGCUGGUGGCUGGAAAGUCCCCGUUGUGCCAUUACUUUAUCUGAUCAUCUGCCUGGGUUCCCUGGUGAGCUUUGUUCAUCUUCGAAGAGCCCUGAUCCUCAGGAAGAAAAGAAAGCGAAUGACCGAUCCCACCAGAAGGUUCUUCAAAGUGACGCCUUCCCCGGGAAGCGGGGCCCAGAAUCAGUACGGGAACGUGCUCUCCCUUCCCACGCCCACCUCUGGGACGGGACGCGCCCUAAGGUGGGCUGCAGGCCUGGGGGCCGCCGUCCAGUCGUACGGAAACCCGCGCAGCGACGUACAGGAGGUCGGAGCCGCGGGGCCCCGGAGCCCGCCACCGGCAGGCCCAGAAGAAGAGGAAGGGGAAGCCUAUGAGGAGCCGGACAGUGAGGAGGGCUCCGAGUUCUACGAGAAUGACUCCAACCUCGGGCAGGACCAACUCUCCCAGGAUGGCAGCGGCUAUGAGAACCCUGAGGACGACGCCUUGGGUCCCGGGGAUGAAGACUCCUUCUCCAGCGCAGCCGAGUCUUAUGAGAAUGAGGAUGAAGAGCUGGCCCAGCCAGUCGCCAGGACAGCAGACUUCCUGAGCCCCCAUGGGUCUGCCUGGGAUCCCAGCAGGGAGGCAACCUCUCUUGGGUCCCAGUCCUACGAGGAUAUGAGAGGGAUCCUGUAUGCAGCCCCCCAGCUCCGCUCCCUUCGGGCCCAGCCGGGUCCUAAUCAUGAGGAAGAUGCAGACUCUUAUGAGAACAUGGACAAUCCCAAUGGGCCAGAACCAGCAUGGGGAGGAGGGGGCCGCAUGGGCACCUGGAGCACUAGGUGAUUCCUUCCAGCCUGGGCCUCCUUAGGCCCCCGAGAUCCACACUGGAUUCUGAAAUCUGGGACCCCAAGCAGACAGUGUCGACUUCUGGAGCAGCGUUGACUCGGAUGUGUAUAUCUGUGUGUGUGAGCGUGCACGCGCGCGCGCGUGUGUGUGUGUGUGUGUGUGUGUACCAAUGAAACUUUGGCUCCCUUUACUUACUCCAAAUAAAUUCAGUGACUUCUUCUAA